UUCAAGAAUGUGGGAAUAAUUUUAUACUAAUAUUUGGUUCCAGACUAUAUUAAUAUCGAUCAAGACCCCAGAAAAUAUGCCCAAGUGCAUUAAUUAUCAAGAUUUUACUAAAUGUUAUGGUUUUAACAUUUAACUUUUGCCUAAGUUUCUGACGUUAGUACUUGUUUACAUUGUUGUCAUGCCUGGACAGGAAACCUUCCAUAACGUUAAACUGGCUCAAGUGACUCAAACUAAACUAAAGUGAAGUGCUAUUUGUUAUGAGAGCGCAGUAUGUCUGUGAUAAAGCAAGCACCGGGAAGACACAGUGGUGAUGUUCAGAUACCGCCGGCUCUCGACGUCAGACAAAUCUUUUUGACCAACAUCAAGUUGUUAGGCUUCAACACGGCAGCCCAUGAAGCGGCUUUGAGAAUCCCAUUCAACAAGGAUAUGUUCACCCGUCCGAACAAGGCAGGGUCUGAAGCAGUCCUCCACUUCUUGUUUGAGAGACUUAAUCCAGUCUUGUGUCGAGAAGAGUUCAGAGAUUGUUGGCCAAUCAAAAGCAAGAAAGAAGAAGCACAAUUUCGCAAAGUUUGCAACAGCUGGCUCACUAACAUUCAAAAGGAAGAACCUGACUCCAAUCUAACCCGUGUUCCCGCAUCCAUGCUGCUGUCUCCAGGGGGAGACAAGUUCUACGAGCUCCUGGGCGACUUCUCAACGUACGUCCUGCUGCUGGUUAUUAGGAAGGAAUGUGGACAUCACGACAAGGACAUGAUACAUUUCCCACCGCUGAACCGACAGAACCUGCCCCUGCAUGACGUCACUGCCAGAAUGUUGCAGUGUGGAGCCAUUCGACACCGACAGCGCUUUCUAGACCACCUACAGACAUCCAUCAAAGCUGAGCAACAGCGAAGCUAUCACUUCAAUGAACUAGUGAAGGAGGACAGAAAGUUAACAAAGUUGAUCAGAGAUCUGGAGCGUGAAGUGCGAGAACUUCAGCAGAUUUCAGUGGAGAAAGACGCAGCCAGGGGAAGUCCUUCAAGAAAAAAACGAAAUUCAAGUGCUUUUGAUCUCGACUCGAGGUCUGUCAGACGUGCUCAGAGACUUCACAAGGUACAAGACAUGUGGAGACAAGUGUCGGACUACAGCAAAGUGACCCGUGAGCGUAAGAUCAUCGAGUCCAUUCUGGAUGAGACGCUACAGAAGUACGAGAUCGACUGCGCUGAGUUUAACGUCCGGGUUCCAGACCUGCUAUUGAGGGAGUGUGAGGAAGAAAUCCACCGGCGUCAUGUUGAUAACAUAUAUGAGGGAGGCAAACUGAACCUUGUGAGCGUCAUACAGCUGUGGAAUCUCUCUUUACACCUGUACAUUGAGAGACUGCACCAGGCGGGUGUGCCUAAUUUUGAAAAUGAAGUAGGAAAAGUAACAUCACAAGUUCACACACAUCAAGCCUAUCUGGCCAAUGCAGAAGCCUUCAGAUUGCAGUUAUCAACAGAUAUAUUGCCAGCUCUCAAAUCUUCAAUUGCUCAACUCAGACAACAGUGGAAAGAGGAAGCUGGAGAGAGAAAAACACCAGAGUCAAAAAUGCUGGGCUUUAGUCUUGUGACGCCGUCUCCGACGAUGUCUUUCACGCCGGCUGAACGGUCUGUUGGUGGCAAAGUCAGUGUUACUGCACUGCAGCAACAUUCAGAAACAAUAUCGACCCCAGAAGCAGCAGUUGACAUUAUGGAGACAGUCGCUCAGUCGGCCAGGAAAGGGUCUCGUCGUUUAUUUCAGGGCACUCCUGUGUAUGCUCCUAAGAUAGCAAUGCAAAGCCAUGCUUUGACAGAAAGCAGACUUGUAUCCACUCAAGGUCCAGGUGUCGGGGUAGACAGAAGAAUAUCGAGUUUAAAAAGCAAAGUAAAACUGACACAACCCAUCAACAAAACACGAGGACCUGGUACACUGCGGCAGAGAAAAGUACCAGUUAAACAAGUCAGUUCUGUCACGACGGAGAAAAAGAAACAUCCUGUCAUCACUGACUCGGUUAAUGUCUCCGCCACUGAUGCACGUUGUCGACUUGCUAACACCAGUACUGUAGACAAGUGCUCAUUACCUACUGGUCGAUCUCGUGAAGCUGAUCAUCAUACAGCUAGCACACUGCUCGGGACUUCACACAGUCAGCAGUUUGUAUCUCAACAACACAAACCUGUGAGGCGAGAUUCGCUUGACGACCGGACGACACCCUCACGACACCAGGCUGCCAAGACUGUGAAUGAGCAGUCAACUAAGGUGAUGUCUUCAAAAUUACAGGCGUUUUCGUCUCAUCACUCGACGCUGUCCAAACAAAGUGCCUCAGUAAAGCCACAGUGUCUUACCCCAUCACAGAUAGUACGACCAAAAUCACAUGAUAUUCUCGCGGAUAAGAUCGUCUCGGCAGUGAUGCAGCAGGAAGCUGACCUGAAAGCUGAAGUAGCUCGCUUAGAAGAGAGUCUCCGUCAGUUUGGAUUGUCUCCCCCUGACAUCUCUACCCUGACAGACAUAAACUUGGAAAAUCCCGUUGCUGCACUGAGUGAGGAAGCCUUUGUAUCAAAGGAUCGAAUACCAAGAAGUCCGCUGGAGCCGGAAUUACGUCGAUUGUUUCAAGAGGCUAGGGCAGAACAUGAUCAGCACAAGAAUAGUGCGCGGAAACAGCUGUCCAUGCCUGAGGUUGACCCGGUGCAAACUGUGGAGGCAUCAGCAAUUUCCCCACAGUCAAGUCGAGAACACAGUAUGGAGGAUAUAGGGGACACAACUCUUCAUCGUGAGCCAUAUAGCAAUCACCAAUGUGAAACAACACAAAAACAGACACAUACCACCCUGGAAAAUGAACAAUUUCCUGACUGGGAUUUUCUUGCAGUCAAUUCAGAUAUGAAAAUUAUAGAAAUUCCUGAAAAUAAUAGUUUCCAUGAAAACAUGGAUGUUUUAAAAUCAGAGUAUGACCUAGAGAAUGAAGAGUUUCCUGUUCAAUCUGAUAAUGAAGUAGAGAAUGAAGAGUUGUCUGACAAAUCUGAUAAUGAAGUAGAUAAAGAAGAAUUUCCUGUAAAAUCUGAUGACGAAUUUGAGAAUGAAGAAUUUUCUGUAAAAUCAGACUAUGAGCUAGAGAAUGAAGAGCUUCCUGUAAAAUCAGACUAUGAGCUAGAGAAUGAAGAGUUUCCUGUAAAAUCAGACUAUGAGCUAGAGAAUGAAGAGCUUCCUGUAAAAUCAGACUAUGAGCUAGAGAAUGAAGAGUUUCCUGUAAAAUCAGACUAUGAGCUAGAGAAUGAAGAGUUCCCAGCUGCUGAUGAAGGUUUGGAAACUGGUGUGGGUGUUCAGCAGUCUGAUUCAGAAGGUGAUGAUUACCUGACACCUGAUCUGAAUCUGUCCCCUGGUGUGGAUGACUUGCUUGGGUCUGGUGACAAUCUGUUAGCUGAACAAGAACGGGCGAUCUCCAGACAAAACAACAGUAGACUGAAGGUUGUUUCACCAGAGAACCGUUCACAUCCAAAAUCCGCACUGUCGACACACUCUGCUGACUCGCCUGUCAGAACUGAUAACACAAGCUUGAGAAACGUUGAUUCUAGUUUCCAGUCACCAUUUCUAAGUUCAUUGGAUGAGCUGUUUGCAGCCAAAUCGUCGCAGUUUAUAAAUAACAAGAAGAACGACACUUCAUGGUCUUUGAGUAGCAAUCCGUUUAGUGUGAAAAGCUCUCUUACAGACAAUUUGAGGAAAAUCCCCUUUCCUCAAGAAACGUCGUCUGCAAGUCUUAUUUCUCUUUCGCCUUUUGUUCCAAAGUUAUCUGCUGCACAUUCUCCUAGUGCUUCAGUACGUACUAUGACUCACCUCGGUCAAAGUGUUCUUGACUUCUCACUGCACAGUGAUGUGGAAACCUCGGAUGGGCCUUUGUCUCUUGACGAUUCCUUCGUGCCAUUGAGAGAUGGGUUCUUGCUGGACGGCAAGUCGCCUGCUAGACUACGUCCGUCUGACUCGGGUGAUGGCGAGGACCGCGACCACGUGUCACGCAUGAUGCGUCUGAAGUCGAGGGCUGCACAAUUGAUCCAGGGAGUCGAGACUGAGAGAGUGGUGUGUGAGAGUGAUCUGCACCUGUCGUCUUGUAGCUCGGACGACCGAUUCAUCGACAAGCUGAGUGAGAAGUAUCUCCACAAGGAGACCAAUGGUAAUCAGUACCCAGUCACAACACAGCAACAGCAGCAACCUUCAAGUUUGUAGCUUUGGGCAAUUGUGCAUAUUCUCACUCUCUGUCACAUUGUCUGUGUAUACUGACUUUUACCUCACAGGAGUACAGAAAUGGAAAAUGUCUCACUAACCCAUCCAACCAGUACCAGCCAAACUGUACUCGGCCAUCAGAAUUUCUACUACUAGUCCAUCAGUCUAGAGCACAGCAAUAUAAUAAUAAUAUAUUAUAUAUUGUUAUAAUUUACAAAUGCCUUUAAAGGUUAACUUUAUUAUACAAUUAUUAACUAUAAAUUUUACUGUAUACUUUGCAUUCCAAAUAACAAGUAAAAAGUGGUAUUCCUACUUUUGCUUUCAUGUAAGCGUCAGAAAGUGUUUUACAAAAUAUCUAUUCGAAAACGAGGAUGACAUUGUUGUUCAUAUGUGAUGUCAUUCUUGAUAAGUUUCAGUAUGGCAGUACACCGCUGCAGUUAGGGAAAAUUGCAUAAAGUAUGUCACUAUUCAAGGGAGUUAACUCAAUGAUACUUUUUUCCUUUCAGCCAAAAAAUCUAUUUAAUGCAGAUUUUAAAUAUUUUUCAAUAAAAUUGAAAUAGCCUUUAUGGGAAAUGAAAAUGUACAUAAUGUCACCUCACUAUAUUUGGCUUCAACUUGGAAAAACAUUUUUUGUCUGGUUAACCGUUAAAAUGGAUGAAACAAAGUAAUUAAUAUACUGUAAAACAGGAAAUGUUAGCAAGCAUAAAAUAUUAGCGAAUUUAGCGAGGCCUUACAAAAUGCUAACAUUUCAUGAUGCUAAAUUUAAGACAUUAAAAAAAAGACAUAGAUAUUUACUACCUAUAUACAUUAAUAGUGUACAAUUUAUUUGAACCAAGAACUGUUAACAAUAAACAAACACACUUAAACAGUUUCCAAGAAUCAAUAACACUUCACUACUGUCAAAGCCUGUGUACUGCAAUAUACAAAACACAACGAAGUCUAAUAACAUUAGAAACACGCAUACAUAACCUGUUUUUCAUAUUUAUUUUAAAAUAAAUUUUUUAUUUUGUUAUCAAACUGUGUAUAUAUCAAUGGUAAUUAUUCAUUGUACUGGGCUUGGCCACUUGAUCAACGAUAAUCUCCAGUGCACCGACAUUUCUGGUUCCGAAAAACGACUCGGUUUUGUCGUCAAACACACAACUUGCUAUUGAUUCAACAAUAGGAAUAGUAAACAACAAUAAUAAUUAGUUUGCAUGUAUAGAACUGCAAUGUUUUUACUGAAUUUAAGUUAACGGUAAGCAGCUUCACUUAAUGUUUGAGGCCAUUUACAACUGGAAAUAGUGCAUGUUGCGUGACGGCAAUAUGAUGGCAAAUGUUCUUAAAAAGAUCCUAAAAAUGCCACAAAGUUUUUGAAUGUUUGAUAUGCCAACCUCGCUAAAGUUUUAUGUUGCUAAUAGAUCACUAAUGUUGAUUCCGCUAAAAUUUAAGGUAGCUAAUAUUUAUGAUUUACAGUAUAUUGAAUUUUCAUUCACAUUUGGUAAGUGGGCUAGUACUUUCUGCACUUCAGUCAGAAAUGAUGCUUGAAUGAUGCUGAUUUGAAUGAUGUGAGUUAUGUAACAUGGUACAUGGACAUAUUCUAGUGCGCAUGUGUCACAUGCCAUUGGGUAACAGCAUGAAGUGUACAGAACUGAAAAUAAAAUGGACUUUUUAAAAUGUACUAUGAAAAUGUCAUUAACAGAUUGGAAUGUUUUUGUGUGUAAAUAUGUAAGAGAUUUACAGUAGUACACACUGGAUUACUCUUAGUUUGUUUAUUUAGUUACAUGGACCAAAAACAUUAUAUAUAUAAAACAACUGAACUGAAUCAGCAUUGCAAGGUUUAAUAGUUAUAUUAACGAUGCAUUUUAGUCUGUGAUAUAAAAGAAGCUGUUUUCUCAUGAGUUGACUAGUCGGUCAAGGUAAUGGUUGCUAGCUUGUUUUUAAUGAUUAUUAACUGCUUUUUAAUUGUUAUUAGCUCAUUUUCUAGCUGUUGUUUCACGAAAUGUUGGUUAUUAUGCAUGAGAUUAUAUGAAAUCAUUUGUAUAGGAUGUUAAUAAAAAAAAAAAACAAGCCAAAUGUCAGCCUCCCUGAGAUUACCACCAGCUGUUCACCGACUGCUUGACUCUCAUUAUUGUUUAAUGUUGAGAUAACACAUACGAAGUGUGCAAAGAAAAUAAGGAAUAUCGACAAACCCCACCUCUAAGCUUGUUAAACUUGUUUUUAUUAUGUGUAGCCAAAUUCGUUUUCUUAAUCAAACAAAAUACAAUAAUAUAGAGCCUCAUUAAAGCUCAUUAAAUAUGAAUAAUUUUUAAUGAAAUAUUUAGGGUAUUAAAUAAGCUUCCAUUUUGUAUCAUGUUUAUGUUCAGAGUGAAAUAAUUUGUCUGACUUUACUGAGUGACAGUGAAAAUUAUUUCAUGAGGGAUAUAAACAUGAUAUGAAUGAUGGCGAGUUUAUCAUGUUAUUUAUUACCCAUGAUCAAUUUCUUUUUUAAUAUAUUACGGUCUUACAGUUCUCUCUCUCUCUCUCUCUCUCUCUCUCUCUCUCUCUCUCUCUCUCAACAUAUUUAUUCUUAACAGUACUCUUUCUGUAUUAUAAUUAUGUAUUUAAUAUUAUUUAUGUUCAACAUUAUUUGUAAGAAUGAUUCUGGGUCGAUAAAAAAUUAAAAAAAAACAAACCAAUAUUUUUUUUUUUUUUUUUUUUUUUAUCUUAUUCAUUUUCAUUUUGUAUUUGAUUUUGUGACUGUUAGUUUGAUGUCUGCAUUAGUCCAAAUUAAGAAGACAGUUGACAGUAUGGAUUAACAUACUCAAGUAUAAUGCACCUUGGGCAAAAGUUAUAGCACAACUCUUUAUGUUGAUAUAGUUAAACAUAAAAUGUUUGAAGGGUUAUAAAUGUCGCACUGUUACAGUCAUAUUGAAAAGAUAUGUCGAGCUACAAGUAUAUGAGUGACAAACAACACAUCGGAUGUGUAUAAAUUAAUAUGAAAUUAUGUCCUGUUUUAACUUCCCAUCAAAAUGGCUAUUUGUCAGAAGUAUUGUUAUGUUCAUUGUUUAGAAUGGGAGCGUAUCUUGUUGAGCUAUGUGUACACUGUCUUCUAGAAAUAUUGUAUGGUACUUCUUGUUCAAACACACAGGGCCCAGUUUACGAAAGAAAGGAAUGUUUUAUUUAACAACGCACUCAACACAUUUUAUUUACGGUUAUAUGGCGUCAGACAUAUGGUUACGGACCACACAGAGUUUGAGAGGAAACCCACUGUCGCCACUA